UAUGCCAUAUAUACAGCAAAUUCUGCACAACUAUUCUUAGCCUAAGUUGUAUUGAUUGAUAGACACUAGCAUUGGGUGACUGCGAGUCAGUGCUCACCACUCAAUACAGAGUCACUUCUUGGAGGCAGUUAUGGCACGAUAGACAACACAAAGAGCAGCCCAUUGUGUGACCAGUCCUCUGGAAUCACUGCAAUCAUGCAGAUCUGGACUCUUCACAGCCAGCUCUUGGUUGCCAUUCAAUACAAUGACAGCUCGACUGUGGAGUCCCUUCUGAAAAGGGGAGUCGACUCCGACACCAGGAUACAUGAUUAUGGUACUCAUCACACGCCAGCCCUGUGUCUGUGCGCCCAAAGAGGUCACCUGGAUUUGGUCCGACUUCUGCUGAGCCAUGGGUGCAGUAUAAACCAAGUGGACACUCAGGGCUUGUCUGCCCUCCACUUCGCCUGCAAUCACCUGUUUGUCGAAAUCGCCAAACUAUUGAUCGGAAACAGGGCGCAGCUUAAUAUGGCCUCUAAUUAUGGACACAUUCCUCUUCAUUUGGCAGCACAACAGCCCUCACUCGAAUUGGUUCGUCUUUUAGUGGAAUCCGGAAGUGAUUUAGAGAAGAAAGAUUUGGACGGAAGAACUCCUUUGGUUUUAGCUGUUGUUAGCAAUCAGUUUGAAAUCGUCGAGUAUUUGGUACUCCAGGGCUCGGAUGUGAACACUCAAGACAACUGCGGAAACACACCAUUACUUCACGCCAUCAACAGUGGUCUCACUAUAAACUCGGAUAUAGUGAAGAUUCUUCUGCAGGCGGGCGCCAAUCCAAACAAUCCCAACAACUAUGGUCUCAAUCCUCUCAUUACCACAAUUAGAAGAUGUAGUGAACACACCCUCGAUGGUCAGGACACCGUCCGUCAUCUCAUUGAUCACAACUGCAAUCUGAAUGUCUAUGAAUACGACUCGAUUGUCUGCGGCGAGAAUGCCCUACACUUAGCCAUAACCCGCAAUCAGGACAGCAUCACCGAAAUGCUGGUCCGCGCCGGCGCUGAUGUCAACGCUCCCAAUCUCAUGGGUUUGAGUCCAAUAUCGCGAUUAGCAAAGGAGGGAAAGACAGAUCUCAUGAAAAUGAUGAUCGCCAGCGGCGCCGACACUAAUCUCAAUACAAACGCCUCACUCAACGAUGCCAUUGCUGUCAAUAACUUCAGAGAUCACGAGAUGAAUCAUUUGAUUAAAGAUCAAAACAACUGCUUUCCUCGACUCAAACACUUGUGUAGAGUUAGGCUCAGGAAUUGGUUGGAGAGACGGGCCGACACUGUCGUCAAACAGAUCCAAAUCCCGACUUCUAUACGACAGUACCUCUUAUUAAUGGAUAUAUGAAUUCAAUGUGUCAUAGAUUGCAAUAAUUCUAAUCAUUUUUGCCUAAAUGUUUGUCACAUACUAUUGU